AUGGAAUCAUUAAAAUCUCCAUACUCUGUGGGACUUUUUCCAACGCUUUACCAACGUCGAAUCUUUCCAACUUCGAAACCUCAACAAAAUGGUGAUAUAAUCACGCCACUUCACGUUUCGGUUUUUUUAAAUCACCCCGAAUUUAUAGAAAGUUUAAUAAAUGAUUAUAGUAUCAAUGUUAAUUCCCAAGACUCGUUUGGCAACACACCACUCAUUUUAGCAGCUCAAGUUGGUAACAUGGAAACGACAAAAAUCUUGAUGUCACACACACCAUCAAAUUCGCUGACAAAUCAAUAUGGACAAACGCCCAUUCUCGUAGCUCUUCGAUUCAAUCAUCCGGAGAUUGCGCUUGAGAUUGUCAAAUCAAUAAAAAAUGCAUUUCAAAUCUUGAAUACUCCAGACAACUGUGGGUACACCGUAUUACACUACGCAGCUUUCUGUAACGACGAGAAAGUUCUUUCCGCGAUCGAACAAAUUUGUUUUGUUGAUGACAUCAUUGAGAAUUCCAUCAACCCGACAUGCUCGACUCCGCUCCAUAUCGCUGCUCUGAAUGGUUCGUACGUGACUUUAAAAUGGUUACUCACCAAAGGCGCCAAUCCAAAUGCGGAGAAUUGUAUGGGGCAGAGUCCAUUGUUGCUUGCUAUCAAACACAAACACAUUGAAUGUAUCAAUUUGUUAAUAGAAAAGACUCUCUUAAACGUGCCAGAUAAUUACGGACAAUUGGCACUUCACUAUGCUGCUGCUGUCGGAUGUCCCGUUGAUAUUAUACAGAAACUCUGUGACAAGUACCCCGAUGCUUUGAAUAAAAUGGACGCAAAUGGAAACUACCCUUUCCACCAUGCAGUGAAGUCUAACACCCUCGUACUCCUCCAAUUCUUCUUUAAAGAUGGGAAGUUACUUAAAAAGAGAAACUCGAAUGGGCUCACCCCUAUUAUGUUGGCUGUCGCUUGUGGGGCUACGACUUCAUUUGCAUUCUUAAUAAGACUCGGAGAUGAUACAUACGGAAGAUCACUCAGUGGGACGUCUGUGUUCAUGUUGGCGUGCGCUUACAAUCAACUGGAAAUAGCAAGGGCUCUCUUCCAAGAAGACCCUUCUGUCAUUUCAGAUGUCGACAAUAACGGAAAUACAGCAGCUCAUUAUGCUGUGCAGAACAAUCGUGUUGAAGUCCUCAAGUGGAUCAAAAGCAUUGCUUGCGAAAUUGUGAAAAAGCCAAAUGUCGUAGGAGAGACACCACUCCACAUCGCGUGUUUGUGUGGGUACCAACAAAUCACCGAAAUAUUGUUGGUCUUUGGGUUGACUAUGACAGAUACGACGACGAUGGGAAGGACUCCCUUCCAUUAUUGUGUCCUCGGAGGCCAUUUGCAAUUGGUCAAGUUGUUACGACGCAACGCGGAGACCGGGUGCUUUGUAGGAGAUAAGAACAAACUGACACCGUUACACUACUGUUGCUUGUAUGGGAUGGUUCAUCUGAUGGACGAUUUACUCUCUGCGUGUCCUGUUCUUUUAAAUAGUCGAGACGGCUGCGGAAGGACACCACUUCAUGUUGCUGUUGUUAUGAAUGAUGCAUUGAGUGUUAAAAAGUUGUUAGAACAUGGUGCUGAUACGACACAGAUUGACAUUCGAAAGAUGUCUGCACUUCAGUCGUCGAUCAACCGAGGAUACAUUCAUUGUUAUGAGCUAAUAGCGAAAAAGGAGAGUUACACGACAAUCAAAAAAGUGAAAAUGGUCAACGACUUUUUGCGGGACGAGGAUUACUUCCUCCGAGUAAAAAAAGACGACAUUGUCAAUGUUUUUUGGGAGCAUAAAAAGGGGUGGGCGUUAGGUAUGGCUCGUGGGAAAUAUGGGAUCUUUCCGAUAACGAGGAGUAUUGUAGUUUCACUUGAAAAAGAUGAGCUCGACAAAAUAGCGGAGAUAUUGAUCAACAAAAAGAUGGUGGAAAAAGGAGUUGAUAAGAAGAAUAGGUCGGCAUCUGUGGCGACAAAAGAACCGGAGAAAAAGAAGUUUAAAGCAUACAGCCCAGUCGAACCGACAGAAAUACUUGCGAAUAAACAAAUGCAAGAAGUCAAAAAGAAACAGAAGACAAUAUCUAAGUCUAAGACUCCUAAGGAAUUUUAA